AGCGUCCAGGAAGAUUCCGAUGUAGGCAAGCCAGCCUUCACAGCAGUGCUGGGUUCGUCACAAACUACGUGUAGCAGAGGGGCCCUUUAGGCGACGAUAGCGAGCGUUGAGGGAGUUCCGAGGAUACCCACACGAUCUUCAAGGAUCACCAGACACUGAAACCACCAGCUGGGUAUAAGCAGAGGCUAGAAGAAAGCAACCACAAUGACCACCAACACCAUAAGUACCAAAUGGCCACACACUCUCACUGUGUGGAAGAAAAAUAUAAUUACGGCCCUUCAGGCAGUGAUAGCGAGCGUUGAGGGAGGUUCGAGGGUAGCCACACGAUCUUCAGGAAAACGGCAGACUCUGGAGCCACAAGCUGCGUAUAGCGGAGGCUGGAAGAAAGCAAUCACAAUGACCACCAACACCAUAAGUACCAAAUGGCCACACACUCUCACUGUGUGGAAGAAAAAUAUAAUUACGGCCCUUCAGGCAGUGAUAGCGAGCGUUGAGGGAGGUUCGAGGGUAGCCACACGAUCUUCAGGAAAACGGCAGACUCUGGAGCCACAAGCUGCGUAUAGCGGAGGCUGGAAGAAAGCAAUCACAAUGACCACGGCAGCCACGAGUAUCAAAUGGGCACGCACUCACACUGUGUUGAAGAAAGAUAGAAUUACGGCCCUUCAGGCAGCAAUAGCGAGCGUUGAGGGAGGUUCGAGGGUAGCCACACAAUCUUCAGGAAAACGGCAGACUCUGGAGCCACAAGCUGCGUAUAGCGGAGGCUGGAAGAAAGCAAUCACAAUGACCACGACAGCCACGAGUAUCAAAUGGGCACGCACUCACACUGUGUUGAAGAAAAAUAGAAUUACGGCCCUUCAGGCAGCAAUAGAGAGCGUUGAGGGAAUAUAGUUGUAGUACAUCAACGUUCAGACGAAAGGCCUUGAAACCUAAUCGCAGCACAACUGCAGCCAGACAAAAAAUCUCCCUUCUCUCUUCCAAAGAACCAGCUUUUAUAUCCUUCAACCAGGGCAUGAGUGGUUGUUAGACCAUUAGUUUGCUAAUUGAAAUCAUCAUCAAUUGCAAGGCAUAGGCAAUCAUCAAUUCUUGUCUAUUCAAUCAGUGACAGGAAGUAUAGUCCAAAUAUGGGCAGAGAGGAGCAAUGUAGUAAUGAGUACCAAAUAAACUAAUUAAGUCACAUUAUUGGGAGAGGAAGUAGUCCAAAUAUGGGCAUUGUAAAAAAAACAGGAAGUGGGUUGCCAGGUUUGUACAGAACACAUAUCUAAAAAGAGUCAAAUAGGGCAGAAGUAAUAGAAACAACAAAACCCACUACAAAUUCUGAUGCAUACGUACAGUGAAUACACUACAAAUCAAAGUGCGAAUACGUUUCCACACACAGUAAAACCAUCACACAGUAAGGCCCUAAUGUCUCUAAUU